AGCAUCUGUGGCACCGAUUCAUCACGAGAACUUGCGCGACGCUGCGAGAUUUGCCCUUAAACCGAUUUUUGUCCAAAGGAAAGGCUGUAUUGAACAAGUUUUAUGACUACUAAGGCAGAAAAACCAACACUAUCAGGCACCCGUCUGAAAACCCGGAAAAGGGAUGAAAAAGAAAAGUACGACCCUGCGGCUUUUCGAGACACCAUUAUCCAAGGGCUUGAUGAGACUGAAGGAGAUUUAGAAAAGGUUUCUAAGUUUCUUGACAUUUCGGGCUCCCGACUCAACUAUCGCCGCUACGCUGAUGUGCUUUUUGAUAUUCUCUUUGCUGGUGGACAAUUAGCUCCAGGUGGAUUUGUCGUGCAAGAUCCUGACCCAGAAAAGCCAUCCCGCACCAAUGUUUGCGUGUUUUCCACUGAAGAAAACGUUGAAAAGCAGAAGAGCUUCUAUGAGGUGUUCUACAAGCUGAUUCGUCGCUACAAGUACCUGGAGAAAGCUUUUGAAGACAGUUUGAAGAAGAUCCUUGUGUUCUUGAAAGGCUUCAGUGAGGAUGAACGUCGCAAGCUGGCAAUCAUCACCAGCCUCCUGCUGGCAAAUGGGCUGUGCACUGCACGCGUCCUUGCCAGCCUCUUCGAGGACCACUUGGUCAAGGAGGGUCUCUCUUUGGAAUUCUCCACGGUAAUGUUUAAAACAUGGCUCGGAGAACGAGAUUUGAGUUCAGUGUUCUCAACACUGAAGAAAUCCCAGAUUGACACACGUUUGAUGGAACUGUUUCCCAUCAAUAAGAGGAAUCAAGAUGUCUUCUCGGCAUAUUUCCGGAAUGCUGACCUUGCAGUUAUUGCCGAUAUGCAGGUAAAGCAGGAAGCUGUAGAGACCAAGAAGAAACUCCAACAGGAGAUGAAUGAUAUGAUCCACGAACAGCAGCCAGCAGCUGAGAUUAGGGCCUACGUCCUUGAAGAGAUGCAGAAGAAUGGUAUCCCAGAGCAUGAGGUAGUCAUCCUGGUAUGGAUCAUUGUGAUGGGCUCUGUUGAGUGGAACAAGAAGGAUGAGCUGGUCACAGAGCAGGCCCUGAAACACCUGGCCACAUACUCUCCUCUCCUGGCUGCAGUAUCCAAGUCGGGCAAAUCACAGCUGGCACUUAUUCUCAGGAUCCAGGAAUACUGCUACGAAAACAUGAACUUCAUGAAAUCCUUCCAGAAGAUUGUUGUCCUCUUGUACGAUAAGGAAGUACUCAGUGAAGAUGUUAUCCAGAAGUGGUACAAGGGAGGCCACUCUUCCAAGGGCAAGAGCACCUUCCUUGAGCAGAUGAAGAAGUUUGUAGAAUGGCUUGAGAACGCAGAAGAAGAAUCUGAUGAGGAGGAUGAUUAAUGCUGAAUACAAGCAUGAUGGAUACAAGGACAGAUCUGCAGCUAUGCACCAGGGAUCUCUUGCUUUGAUUCAAGUCUACCAUUACUGCAUGUUGAUGCAGUGAUGUUGUACACUGGACUCUGCCUGCUUUGACAAGGUUCCCAGCAGUCGUGCUACAGUCCUUCACUUCCUCACUAUCGGCGUGUUCCCUGUUAGUACUGGUCCAAAUCAGUCUGAUUCAGUCUUCAAACAUGUAUGACCUAUAUAAAUUGGAGAAAUGUUGACAUUUUGAUAUUUCACUGGACAGUUGCUGAAUAAAGAACAAGUGGAAAUAUCCUGACUUUACGCAGUUCUUGUUUCGCUCUAUAUGUACAUGUGUUAUUGCCAUGGCAACAGGUCAUCAGAGAACAUCCAUGGGUUUGUGGAGAAGGAUCCUUCUUCACCCAACUCUCCAUCAUGAUCAUGAAUUUGGUCUUUCUCAUGUAUCUUGUUAUGGUGGCUUUUAUCAUAGAUGACUUUCUGAUUUGUUGCAGACUGUCUUUUCAGUCCACUAUUCAGUUCAUGCUUUGCAUCUUUAGAGAGAUUGUCAAAUGUUUGCCCUGUGCCGACCAGUGUCCACUAGUAAUAGGUUUUGAUAAAUCUUUUUACUAUAUUAACUUGUUACAUGUCUGACUAUUUUUAAUGAAAUAACUACUGGAAAGUCUGAUUCUGUACGUAUAGUUUUUGUUGCAAGACUUGUGUACUGAAAUGUUUUCAACAUGACAAAAGGAAAUGUGUUACUGAAGAAUGUCUGCCUCAACAUGGAAUAAGACUGCAAUAAUAUUUGAUCAGUGUAUUUUAUCUUGCCAAAGAUUGUCAGUUUUCUGAAUUCUUCAUGACUUGAAAUACUUGUACAUGUCUAUGGCCAGUGUAAUCUCUUUAGGGUGUUGAUGAUCAUUGCAUAUACUCAAACAAUUGUCAGUGUAAAAUACCUCUGCUGCACGUUCUGGGUAUAAAAUGAACGCAAAUAUAUUGUUUAUGGUGGUGUUCACUCUUCACAGCAGAUAUAUUACAAAGUUCUGAACUCCAGUUGUUAGCAGAUGUAAAUAUUUGCCCUAUUAGGGAGGUGUAUGAUUCUGUGCCUGGAACGUGUAGAUGGCCGUGUUAUCAUUUCAUUAAGUUAGUAUAUUUUUGUAAGGUCAUCCACCCAACCAUGGGCCCAGUAAUGACUCGACUCAAGCAGCAACUCUGUGGCCUUCGAAACUUGUUACAAACUUUCGAAAUAUCGAAAGGAAAAAAAGUUACUCAUCAUUGGUGAUAUUGUUCGUGAACCAUCAGUUGUCUAUUUGUGACAUGUUUUGUUUCAUGUGUUAAUUCAGUGGAGUUUGACGUUCAUCACACGAGGAAUGUGUAAAUAAACAUUAUGAAAACAUCUUAUUCAGAGCUCAUAUUCAGACAUUGGAAACAUUGCCAGGUCAUGUUAGAGAUAUAUUGCCACAUACCGAUACGCCCAACAUUGCAUCUCUUGUCCCAUCACAUCACCAUGUCCGAGCCGGUGUCAAAGCUAGCAUGUAAAACACGGCAUAUAUAAAGUGCAGCAAUUCAUUAGUUACUGAAACCUUCAGAAUGCAAAGUCUAGUCAAGUCAUUUCUGUGUUACAAACAUAACAUUUCCCAGCUUGAUAGUAGCUGUGAAUUAAAACAACAUUGCUAGACCCUUUUCUUAAUGUUUCAGUGACUUGUGUUAAGUUUUGGUGGCGGCCAUUUUAUCCUCCAUGUGACGUCAUCCUUUGAUUCGGUGCCGACUCCCUGGCUCAUACUUAACUGUCCGAUCUGUUUUCUUUGUGAUUGACGCUUACAUCAAAAUCAUAUAGUACUCAGUUAUAUGGUUGUAUCACAUGAAGUGUUUGUAUGUUAAAUAGUCACAAUAUUAGCUAUUAUACCCUGUGUUACAAUAUUUAACCAUUCUUUUUGUUAUGCAAACCCUCAGUUUUGAGGGUUUUGUGCACUGCCUGCACCCUUCAUCCAAUAAGUACACUGACUGUUGACCACUUGAGUAUAUAUUUUGAAAUCGUAACAUGCCCGGAAAACAACUCCAGAUGGGAAGAUCAUGUGACUUGGUCAGAGGCACUGUGGUACAUAGUUGUUCUUUUUGUAAGAAUUAUGAAAAUUUGUGAAUAAAAAUUAU